GAAACGGUCGUACAGGGGGAUGUAGUAGCUUGAAGUUCUGAUGAAUAACGUGCACUUUCACCAACUUAUUAUUUGGUUACCCUUUUUCUAAAAUGCAUCAGUAACUUAUUCAAAGUUGCAUGUAGUACUCUAUAGAUAAAGCAAUAGAAUGUAGGAACGAUGUCAACUUGCAAGGUUUCGUUUACUUUUUUAAUGGGAUGGCAAACUGAUCGAUGCUGACUGUCAACGUUACCCCCCAGGCAAGCUGGUUCUGGUUAACUGAUUAAUUGUCUCGUUGCAAUGUCAAAAGGCAAGAGACUGUCCGAUCCAGAUGAUGACCUUCAAGAAAGGGAAGAUGAGUUAAAUCCAUUUUCCUUCAAGGAAUUCAUCAGAAGCAAAGAACAGCAUGCAAGUAAUCCUCUGGCCUCUGAUGGGAAAUGUAAUGUCACAAAAGAGAAGACGUACGUUCGUGCGGAUCUACCAGAACAAGACUGCUCCCUGCCAGCUAAAGGCUUUGAUGAAGACCAAAAAGGACAUUAUUUUAUUGACAGUAUCUCCCAAGAACACACCAACAUUGAUGAGCCAGAAGAGGAGUGGGCUGGAAGUUAUCAACCACUAGCCUUUGAGGAGGCACACAAUUUGGGUCUUUGUGGACCUAUGGAAAGGAUUGCUUUGUCUGAUGGUUAUCCUUUUACAAGCUUUGAGAAUUAUGAAGCUGAGAAAGACACUUUCAUAACAGAUGUACCAUACCAGACCUGUAAAAGCAAUGCUGAGUAUGGAAAUGGAAGACAUCCUAAGCUAAAAGAGGAGAAUGCUCAGUUAAAGAAGCACAUCAAGGAGCUCUUGAAAAAGUCAGAGAUUGAUGACCAAAGAAUCAGACACCUUACUGAGGAGUUGCAGAAUAAGAAGGUCCAGGAUGAGCGGGAGGCAAAAGCUUUGGAGACGAUGGUUCAGUCUGUUGAACAGAAUCUUCAGCUAAUGACUAAACGAGCAAUCAAGGCGGAAAAUACAGUGACAAAACUGAAACAAGAAAUUCAUCAACUACAGGACCAACUGGAGGGGUACAGGGGAGAAGUGGCUGUCAUGAAUGCCAUGAAGCGCAAUACACACACAGCCUCUGAAUAUCUCAGCAAAGCAACACGUGAUGCUGAAACUUCCAUCAAGCAAUUAUUGACGGGAGCAGAAACAUUACAUCUUGUAUCUCAGAUGCUGAACUCUAUUGACAAGAUCACUGAGAACAUAGCACAUGACUAGUGACAUGACUAGUCUGUAUUAGUGCCUUUUAAUAAAAUUCAGAUGAAGGAUGUUUCUUUAACAAUGUUUGCUAUUAAGUAUAUUUAAUAUUUUGGCAUGUAGAAUUUAGGUAUUGCUUCUCUGUUCCUGUAGCAGUUUGUAGAAUAGUUACCGAUCAGUGUCCUAAUUUCCAAACAUGGGUUCAGUGUUUUCUCAGUAUGUACCUUUUACCAUCCAGUUUAGUCCCAUCCACCAUAACAAUCAAUGGCAAUAAUCUCAAUAAAUCUGUUUCUUGUA